GCGUGCGCUCAGAAAUUUAGUAUUGGACUAUCGUUCGUGCGAGUCGCCACAGUGUAUUUCUAUGUUUCAUUUUCUAGAGUAUUGUAUAUUACUUUCUUGUCUUUCUUGCUUUCACUAAUUUUCUGGGCAAAAUUGACAUAUUAAUGCAUUUCUCAUAAUAAACAGACUACGUUCGAAUGCAUACAAAAUUAUUGAAGUGAUAAUAAUUAUGCGUAACUGAAGAUAUAUUUCUAUUUCGUAAUUCCGUCGUAUAGAUACAUUCUUUUUCGCGGGAUAUUCAUUGACAGAAUUUCGACAUCGACACAUCCCUGGUUGAAUAUUCUUUAUCAAGAAACAGAGAUGUUCAAAUAUUCGACCAUAUUCACUGCCAUAAUAUUCUUAUGUGCAUUUCUUGGAUGUACUAUUUCUGAAGAUAACUUGCCUAAUGCAGAAGAAGCAUUACAAAAAGUUUCUGGUAUUAUUGAUUUGAAUAAUUUAAAUGUAUCUGGAAACCCUGCUUUGGAUAAUGUUAAUGCAUCUGUGAUAAAACAUGCUCUGGAAGAAAGUCAAAGUGUUUUCAAACAAAAAUGUGACAAAAAUGGUGGAGAGGGUACAUUUGAAAAUGCUAUAAAUGCAAUGAAUGACUUGGAACAGUGCCUUAAAUCAUUUGUUAAUUUCACAAAGUUGGAAAAAGAAAUGGAAAGACAUAAACCAACUGGAGAUUUAGAUACAGUGUUUAAAACUUACUGCCGUAAAACUCCCACUCUUAAGAAAUGUGUUAGCAAUUUUACUACAGCAAUAGAACCAUGCUUGGAACCACAAGAACGAGAAAAUAAGAAAAUCAUUCAAAAUAUUACGGAUUCUCUCUUAACUUUUGUCUGUUAUAAAGAGGGAGACCGUAUUGCUCUUUUCAUUUCUGCUAAUGGACCAGAAUGUUUGCAAUCAAAACAACAGGAAAUUCAACAAUGUGUCAACAUUACUUUAGGAAGUUAUAUUCCUCAAACAGAUCUUAAUAAUGGACCAGGAUUGAAUUCUCUCCCACUUCUUGUUUUUGGAACUAAAGAAUGCACAGAUAUUUCUAAAGUUCAGAGCUGUAUUGUAAGAGAAUUGGAGAAAUGUAAGGAUCCAGUACCAGCAAAUAUUGUGGAUUCCAUAUUUAAUUACAUCAUAAAAGUGACACCAUGCCAAAAAGUAAUAAAUCUUCAAAAUACUGCUUCUAGCUCAACAAUUAACUUAUUAUGCAUGGGCCUAAUAUUUUUAUUGUUAAUACUUACAUAAAAUUAAUUCUAAUAGAAAUUAUUUACAAAAAAAUUCCAAAUUAAGAGACAAAAAUUCUUGUUUACAAGUAUAAAUUUCAUUACUUUAGAUUACUUUAAAUUUCAUUGAAACAUAUGUGAUACUUUUGAAAGUAAGAAAAUAUUCAAAUAUAUAAGUCUGGUUUUUAAAAUAUUUUUCAUUAUAUUGAUUCAAAUUAUAAAAAAACGAAAUUUGUACUAUUUUAAUAAUUCUGGUGCUUCAGAAUAGACUGACAUAUUUGUAAGUGUCCAUCUGAAUAUAAUGCUAAAUAUAAAUUGUAACUAUAAUAGAAAA